ACCAGCGCCUUAUCCAUUGGGCCAUGGAGUCAUUUCAUAGCAAUGUUUUGCAAAAUAUUAUUAUCUAUAUGUGAAUGUGAAUCUAUGUUAGCUCAAUUCCCGCCAAAACGGACUCAUCCGCUCACUUGCUCCCGCCAAAACGACGCGCUCCCUGGUAGGGCUGAAGAAAUUAAAGGAAAACAGGGGCUGACUGCAAAAGCGUUUAGUUUUCUUCUUAAAGUGCAGUGUAGAAUCGGGAAGAAAAGAAAAGGGAGAGAAAAAAAUGGAGUUGGGAGCUCAAGAUUAUUCAGAUCGGAAGAAAGAUAUCAGCCAAUUCCUGUCUCAAGAUAUUUACCAAGAUGAAAUCAAGGCUAUGAUAAAUCACAAACGCCGCCGCCUCAUCGUCAACAUCUCCGAUCUCCACUCUUUUAACAACUUGGCCCCUAGGAUUCUGAAGAAUCCGGGUGAAUAUAUACAGCCAUUUUGCGAUGCGGUAACGGAAGCUGCUCGAAGUAUUGACCCAAAGUAUUUGAAAGAAGGAGAAAUGCUUCAUGUGGGAUUUGAAGGCCCUUUUGUUUCUCGUCGCGUUACACCCAGAGAGCUCCUCUCCGAAUUCAUUGGCUCCAUGGUCUGCGUCGUGGGCAUUGUCACCAAAUGUUCUCUGGUAAGACCAAAGGUUGUUAAAAGUGUUCACUUUUGUCCUGCCACUGAAAGCUUCACCGUUCGGGAAUAUAGGGACAUCACCUCCAACAAUGGUUUGCCGACUGGGUCUGUGUAUCCUACUAGGGAUGAAAAUGGCAACUUAUUGGUGACUGAAUUUGGGUUGUGCCAAUACAAAGAUCACCAGACCUUAUCAAUUCAAGAAGUACCUGAAAAUGCUGCACCUGGUCAGCUUCCACGAACUGUGGAUGUCAUAGUUGAGGAUGACCUGGUUGAUUCAUGCAAGCCUGGAGAUCGUGUGGCUAUUGUAGGGAUAUAUAAAGCUCUUCCAGGAAAAAGCAAGGGUAGUGUGAAUGGUGUAUUCAGGACCGUUCUUAUAGGUAAUAAUGUCUCUCUGCUCAACAAAGAGGCCAAUGCACCAAUCUACAGUCCUGAGGACUUGAAAAAUAUUAAAAAGAUAGCAGAGAGAGAUGAUACGUUUGACCUGCUUGGUAACUCCCUUGCACCUUCUAUAUAUGGGCAUUCAUGGAUAAAGAAAGCUGUUGUUUUACUGAUGCUUGGUGGAGUGGAAAAGAAUUUGAAGAAUGGAACUCAUUUACGAGGGGACAUUAACAUGAUGAUGGUUGGAGAUCCAUCUGUAGCAAAAUCCCAACUUUUAAGAGCAAUCAUGAACAUUGCUCCCUUGGCUAUUUCAACCACUGGUCGAGGUUCUUCUGGUGUUGGUUUGACAGCUGCUGUCACCUCUGACCAAGAAACAGGAGAAAAAAGACUGGAAGCAGGUGCAAUGGUCCUUGGUGAUAGAGGUGUUGUCUGCAUUGAUGAGUUUGACAAGAUGAAUGAUCAAGAUCGUGUUGCGAUACAUGAAGUCAUGGAACAGCAAACUGUAACUAUUGCCAAAGCUGGAAUCCAUGCAUCAUUGAAUGCUCGAUGCAGUGUAGUGGCUGCUGCAAAUCCCAUAUAUGGAACGUAUGAUCGUUCAUUGACUCCAACGAAGAACAUUGGACUUCCAGACUCUUUGCUUUCUCGUUUUGAUUUACUGUUUAUUGUCUUGGAUCAAAUGGAUGCUGAUAUUGAUCGUCAAAUCUCUGAGCAUGUUUUGAGAAUGCACCGGUUUCGCUCUGCUAUUGAUGGAGGCGAGGUAGCUCUUGAUGGAAGUUCAAGAUAUGGAAGAGAAGAUGAAGCUGAUGCUGACUCAUCUGUUUUUGUCAAGUAUAACCGAAUGCUACAUGGGAGAAAAGCAGAAAGAGGUCGGAAGCGUGAUACUCUUACCAUAAAGUUCCUCAAAAAGUAUAUUCAUUAUGCGAAGCACAGAAUUCAGCCUGAGCUGACUGAUGAGGCUUCAGAACACAUUGCAACAACCUAUGCAGAGCUCAGAAAUGCCAGUUCGAAUGCAAAGACUGGCGGAACCCUUCCAAUCACAGCUAGAACGUUGGAAACCAUAAUUCGACUGUCAACUGCUCAUGCAAAAUUGAAGUUAAGCAGAAAGGUUACCAAAAUUGAUGUUGAAGCUGCUCUGAAAGUUCUAAAUUUUGCUAUUUAUCAUAAAGAAUUGACAGAGAUGGAGGAGCGUGAACAAGAAAGGCACAGAGAAGAAGCGAGAAAACGCAGAGCUGAUCGUCAAGGCCCAACUACAGAUGCUAUGGAAGUAGAUGAUCCUCCAACAGCCCAGCAGCCCACUGCCACUGAUUCUCUUGAAAGAAUAGAAGCAUUUAAAGCUAUAUUUGGUCAGCAUAUGCGAGCGAACCACAAGGAUACUAUAUCAAUUGCAGAAGUAGAGGAUGUCGUCAACAGCAGAGCAGAUGUCCGUUACUCUAGGGCAGAGAUCAUCUCUAUAUUAGAGAAACUGCAAGAUGAUAAUAUAUUGAUGAUAGCUGGCGAUACAGUGCAUAUGAUAGUAUGAGAUUUAACAGAAGACCUGGAUUUGACCAAACUAACCAGAAUGCAGGCAGUCAUACAUGGCAACAACCUUAAGGCAAUGAAUAUAAGGUGAAGGGACAAUGUAUUCUGGUGGAAAAGAGGAAAUAUGAUCUGGCAUGGAAGUCUUGAUUUGAAGAACUCUGAUUUAUUUUAAGCUUGAGUCUUAAAAGAACGAUGACUGUUGUUGACAAGUGAACUGAGAAUUGCUUUGAAUUAGCUUUUACUAUAUGCAUUAGAAUUUGACAUCACCUGUCGCUUUUACAAGUGAAGAUGUAGAAAGUUCAGAAUCAUCUCGACAUCUGAUAAUUAGCUAAUGCUGCAAUGAAAAUUUGAGUUAAUUAUAACUUAAGUUGAUCAAAAUCUAUUUUUUUUCCUCAAAUUCUCUUAUUUUAAUAAGCGAUUGCUGAAUGAUAUGGUC